AUGAUCCUAUUUAAUUUCAACGCUCAACACGACGUCCUUUUCACCUCUCCACGUGUCCUCCCCUUCUCUUUCUUUCUCCUCUAUCUAUCGCCUUCUUUUUUUCCAAACCUUAGUAAUCGGAAAGAUAAUUUAAUUCCAUUUUGUUCAGAUACUGAUCGGCCGAGGAGAAUUUUCCGGUUAGUUUUGGCUGUUUUGAAUUUGAAUUUGACGAAGACGAAGGAGAUGUACGUAGCUUCUAUGCGAAAGUCGUUUAAAGACUCUCUUAAAGUUCUUGAAGCUGAUAUUCAACAUGCCAAUACUCUAGCGUCGGAUUUUCCUAGAGAAUUUGAUGGUGCCUGCCUUCAGAUGAGAAUGUCAUAUAGUCCAGCUGCCCACCUGUUUCUUUUUCUAGUUCAGUGGACAGACUGCAAUCUCGCUGGAGCCCUCGGAUUGUUGAGGAUCCUGAUUUACAAGGUAUAUGUGGAUGGCACGACCACCAUGUCUACUCAGGAAAGAAAAGCAAGUAUAAGGGAGUUCUAUGCGGUUAUUUAUCCCUCUUUAUUGCAAUUACAAAAGGGGGUCGAUGAUACAGAAGAUAAGAAACAGAAAGCAGUAUGUAUGGAGAGGUACCGAAGAAGAAAUGAUGAAGAACAUAGGUUGCUUACGGAUGUUGACAUUGAAAGAGAAGAGGAGUGUGGAAUAUGCAUGGAGAUGAAUAGUAAGAUUGUAUUGCCUAACUGCAACCACGCCAUGUGCUUGAAAUGUUACCAUGAAUGGAGGUCAAGAUCACAAUCAUGCCCAUUCUGCCGCGACAGUCUGAAGAGAGUAAACUCCGGAGAUUUGUGGGUGUUAACUGACAGUAGAGACGUAGUGGACAUGGGGACAGUGACGAGGGAAAAUCUAAGGAGGCUAUUCAUGUACAUAGAUAAGUUACCACUGAUUAUCCCAGAUUCCCUUUUUGACACAUAUGAUUCCCAUAUUAGAUAAAGGCCAGACGAAGAGAACGAAAACUGUCUUGAAGCAUCUCCACCGUCUCCAUUGGUGUCUGGGAUGAGCGGUACUCACAUCCCAUAAGAUAAAAUGGGAAAUCAUUCAGAUUAGUUUUCAUUUCAUUUCCAUUUAUUUACGAAGUAUAAGAAAAUAGCUGAAAUUGUUUUGGUCAAGAAAAGAACGGUAGGCCAAAGAAAAGGGAAAUUUCAGUUUAGUUCUUCCCGCUUGCUUCUUAAUAGAGGAAGAAGUCCAACUUGAGGUUAUUAGAGUGUGGAGUUGGUAAGGUGAAGUUAAAUGUUGUAUUUACAGUGUAUAUGUAAAUUCUUCCUGUGUAUCUCAUAUGUAUAGUUUACCUACAUAUAUAUAGCUACUUGCAUUUGCUUAAUGCAAAUUCCAA